AUGAUACAAGACUGUCUCUCAAAAGCUCCUUGCUUUCCACAAACACUCGAUCAAUCUUGCAAUGAGUUUGUAUCUCCUAUCUUAGGGAAUCUCACCUUCCUUCUCUCCAAAGCUAGUUCCUUUUCAAUUUCGGAGAAUAAUUUAACUGGAAAAAUCCCUUUCUCAAUCUGUAAUGCCAGCAAUUUGGGUAUUUUGGAUUUGUCCAAUAACCAAUUGAGUGGCCCCAUUCCAACAUGCCUUGCCAGUUGCAAUUUGGGGGUUCUUAAUUUAGAAAACAACAAAUUACAUGGACUCAUUCCUCCUACUUUCAAAAAUGGGUGCAGUCUGCAGACUCUCAAACUCAAUAAAAAUAUGCUUCAAGGAGAAGUUCCAAGAUCACUGUGCAAUUGCAAAGAACUCAAGGUAUUAGAUAUUGGGGAUAACCAGUUGAAUGAUAGCUUCCCAUAUUGGUUGGAAAAUCUUUCUGAAUUGGAGGUUCUUGUCAUGAGAUCAAACAAAUUUGGUGGUCCCAUUGCUCAACUCCCUCAAGCUGAUUCUCCUUUCCUAAGCCUCCAUGUUGUUGACCUCUCUUUCAAUGCUUUCACCGGGAGCUUACCAUUGCAAUAUAUUCUUCAUUGGAGGGCAAUGAUGAUUGUGGAGAACAAUUCAGUUUUGAAUUAUAUCAGUUUCUCAAAUUCUUCCAGCUACUACCGAGACACACUUGUAGUUAUGGACAAGGGACUAUACUUGAAAAUGCCGAUUUUGACCACCUUUUCCACCAUAGAUCUAUCUAACAACAACUUCGAAGGAGAGAUUCCAGAUGCUUUGGGAAAUUUAAAAGCACUUAUCGUACUCAACUUGUCAGGAAAUAGCCUCACUGGUCAAAUUCCAUUGUCGUUCGGAAAUCUAAGCGAGCUCGAGUCGUUAGAUCUUUCAAGAAACCAACUUUUAGGAGAAAUCCCAGAGUUUAUCCAUAAUAUCCGCCAUGAAAGGUUGUCUAACCUGUGGAUAAUUUGGAAACGUGGUCUGAAUCACCCUUCCAUUGCCUCAAUGUCGGCUCAACAGCUCUCUAUUGAGGUCGACUGGCAAGGGAAAAAACUGCUUUUGUCCUUUAUUCAUGCUAGUUGCUUUAAAAUUGAGCGUAGAGAUUUGUGGUCGGAAUUGGCAGCUGUUUCAGCAGCUUCUCUCCCUUUGCUUAUUGUUGGUGAUUUUAAUGCGACGUUGUUCUCUAAUGAGAAAAAAGGCCCGGGGAAUUUUAAUGUUGGAUCGGCAGCAGAGUUCCAAGCAAUGGUGGAUUCUUGUAUGCUUAUUUCUACCCCUUCACAGGGUAAAAAGUAUACUUGGUCAAAUAAUCGUAGAAGGGGUAAUGUCAUGGCUGUUCUGGAUAGAAGCUUUCAUAAUGAGUUAUGGAUUGAUGAAUUCAAAAAUAUUUCUCAGAGAGUUAUAACCUGCACUGCAUCUGAUCAUACUCCCAUCUUGAUCCAUUCAAACAUGAUCCAAAAGCCUAGCAACAUUCCGUUUCGAUUUCAUAAUUUUUGGAUGGAAGAUGAUAGCUUUCAGUUGGUGGUGAAGCAAGCCUGGUCCCAACAGGUGAGUGGCUGCCCCAUUUAUAUCUUGGCGCAGAAAUUGAAGGUGGUUAAAGGGGUGCUAAAAGCUUGGGCAAAAGAAAGAUUUCCUAAUCUAAAUGAGGAAGUGAAAAAAGCUACUUCAGAGCUAAAAAGAGUGCAGGAUACUAUUGAGGUUUCAGGAAUGUCGGAUGCCCUCUUUAAUGAAGAAGCUGAUGCAAAAACAGCCCUUUUAAAUGCUAGUAAGAUGCAAGAAAAACUGUGGUCUGAGAAGGCUAAAUUACGUUGGUUGAAAGAAGGCGAUCGGAACACAAAAUUUUUCCAUCUUUCAGUGAAGAUUAGAAGAUCAAGAAAUCAGAUUAGUAUGUUACGUCGUGAAGAUGGUUAUUGGAUUUCUGAUCAAUUAGAUUUGGCCAACUAUAUUGUGGAUUUUUACAAGAAUUUUCACUCUGGAAAUCCUGUAGAACCACACUAUGAGUUACUGGACCAGAUUCCGACUCUCAUUUCUAAUGAAGACAAUGCUUUCUUGGAUGUUGUUCCCUCAAGGGAAGAAAUAAAGAUGGCGAUAUGGGAUCUCGAUGCGGACAGUUCUCCGGGUCCUGACGGCUUUCCAGGUCAGUUUUUCAGAAGUUGUUGGGAUAUUGUGGAAAAUGAUUUCUGUCGGGCUGUUUUCUCUUUCUUUUUAGUAGGGAAAAUUCCUAAGGGGGUAAAUAAUUGUUUCCUAACCCUUAUCCCUAAAGCUGAUGGUGCUUUUUCUUUGGAUAAGUUUCGUCCCAUAUGUAUGGGAAACUUUUUCUGCAAAGUUUUGUCCAAAAUUGCUGCUUCCAGGUUAUCUCUCUUUCUCCCAAGAUUAAUCUCAGAAGAACAAGGUGCCUUCCAGAGGGGUAAAAUUAUUUCAGAAAAUAUAAGCCUUGCUUCAGAGUUGGCAAACCUGAUGCACUCAUCUGUUCGAGGUGGAGGUAUGGGUCUAAAGCUAGAUGUGCAGAAAGCCUAUGAUUCUCUGUCUUGGGAAUUCCUCUUUGCAACCUUGAAGAAAUUUGGUUUCUCUCCCAAUUGGAUCAACAAAAUUCACCAGAUGCUGCUCUCAAAAAGGAUUUCAAUUUUGCUAAAUGGAGGUCCAGUGGGUUUCUUUGGUGUGGAGCGUGGUCUCAGGCAAGGAGACCCUAUUUCCCCAAUCCUUUUUAUUCUGGCAGAGGAAGUUCUUUGUAGGGGGCUGAAGAACUUGAUUCUAGAAAGGAAGAUGAAAGCUCUCCCAGGCCCCAGAGGAGCAAUUACUCCUUCUCAUUUACUUUUUGCAGAUGAUAUUUUCAUCUUUAUGAAUGGGUCAGCUAGGUACGUGAAGCAUCUUCAUGAGUUUUUAUCCAAGUAUCAGUCUUUUUCAGGGCAGAAAAUAAACUUGGAAAAAAGUAAAAUAUUUUUUGGGAAGAUUGCCCCUCAUAGAAGUCAUUUUAUUAGUGAUUUUCUGGGCAUUGCCACGGCUGAUCUCCCUACAAAAUAUUUGGGGGUGGAGAUUUUUAAAGGCAGAGUGAAGAAUAGUCAUUUGCUUCCUCUUCUGGAUAAGAUAAAGGGUCGGUUGGCAGGGUGGAAGGGCAAAAUUCUUUCUAUGGCUGGGAGAAUUGAAUUGGUUAAGUCAGUUAUUUCUGGUAUUCCCAUACACAAUUUCUCUGUGUACUGGUGGCCGGAUGAAACUAUUAAGGUGGUGGAACGAUGGAUGAGAAAUUUUAUUUGGUCAGGUGAUAUGGAAGUGGCAAAGAAGAUUGUUAUGAAAUGGGAAGAGGUAUUCUUCAGGGAACGUUUUAUCAAGGAAGAUGGGUCGCUGCGAAGGGGAUAUAAGUCUUCAUCUAUAUGGCCGGGUUUGAAAAGAGUUUGGAGUUUCGUCGCGAAGAACGAGCAAUGGAUUCUGGGAAAUGGGAAAAAAUUUGAUUUUUGGUUAGAUAGAUGGAUUGACAAUCAAUCUAUCGCUGAGAAGACAAACUUGGACCCUGUUUUUUUCUCAGAUUUAAAAGAAAAAGUUUCUGAUUUCAUAUGCCAAGCUGCCUGGGACCUCCCUCAUGUGGAGUCGGUUUUACUUGCUGAAAUUUGGGAGAAAGCUAAACGUAUUCACAUCCAAGGUGUGAACGACCAAUGUCUUUGGCGAUUGACCUCUUCAGGUAUCUUCUCUAUUAAAUCUGCCUGGGAAGAAAAUAGAGAAAAAUAUCAGAAAGUGAGUUGGUUUUCUCUUAUAUGGAACUCAUCUAACCAACCAAGACAAGCUGUUUUUGCUUGGCGGUUAGUUCAAAAUAGAUUACCAACAGAUGAAAAUGUGUCUCAUCGUGGAGUGCAAAUGGCUUCCCGGUGCAGCUUGUGUGGUAAAGAUGAAGAAUCAAUGUCUCACUUAUUUUUUAACUGUGAAUUUGCUCGUAGUUUGUGGAGAGCUUUCUGUGAAGGUUUCGAUGUGCAAUGGAAACCUUAUAUGGACAUGCUUUCUUUUAUUGCAUGGUGGAAACAAACAGCAAAGAAUCUCCAUUUUAAAAAGGUGUGGAUUACUGGUUUCUCUCUGGUUCCUAGUGUCAUAUGGCAGGAAAGGAAUGCAAGAAUUUUUGAGGGGGUCUCCAAAUCAUCUAGACACUGUUUUGCUAUGAUUAAAAGUGAAAUCAGCCUCCAGAUGACUGCUGCUACAGGGUCCCCUAUCUCAUUUAGCUCCUUACUGUGUGCCAAACGAUUGGGGAUCUCUAGGGUGCGAUACAAACCAAGAGAGCUAAUGGAAAUUUUUUGGUGUCCUCCCCAAAGGGGAUGGGUGAAGCUAAACUCAGAUGGUUGCUCUUUGGGAAAUCCAGGAAAAUCAGGUGCGGGUGGAAUCUUUCGGAAUGAAAAUUCAGAAAUAUUACAGUCUUUCAGAACUUUUCUUGGUGUCCACACAAAUUUUGAAGCCGAGAUGAUAGCUGUUAUUACUGGGCUGGAAUUUGCAAGAGAUAUGGGUAUUACUCAUUUGUGGAUUGAGUGUGACUCAGUAACUGUAGUUUUACUUAUAUCUAAGGGAAGAAUCCCUUGGGUUUGUCUUCAGAGGUGGAUGAGUUUAACCUCCUAUUUGAAUUCUCUUACCUGGAAAAUCACUCACUGUAUGCGGGAAGCAAAUCCUGUGGCUGAUUUCUUGGCAAAAACAGCAGCAAAAUUCGAAGUUUCUUCUCCUAUCCAAUCCUGGCCUGUGCUGAUUGCUAUAGAGUUGGAAGUGGAUGGUUUGAAAAAUGGAGUUGAAGGAGGAACCGGAGCCAGAGUCAUGGAUGAUGAGAGCUUCGUUCUGGUGGAGCUACAUCAGAAGGUGUCAGAGAUUGGGGUUGAUUUUGAUCAGUUUGUUGUUGUUCAGAACGGAUAG